ACAAAAAAAAAAAAUCAAAUUAUAUCAGAAGAAAAAAAAAAGAAAAGAAAAGAGAGAAGUAAGUCAUCAGAUCCCUAAAAAUCGAACCCGGACGCAUAAACCGACUAUGGCCUUUCACGUAGCUUGUCCAAUUACAUGCCGUAAAAUUUGCGACUGCUUGUUGGGGUAUCCUCGGAGUCUCCAUGGAAAGGAAGCCAAGGAUUUGUUCCUCAACGAGAUUCAUUCUCUCCAGCACUUGUUGCCUGACCCGUGGGAUUCUCGAGUCUCAAAGGAAGGCACCGUUCAGAUCCACGUCCCUAAGCUCCCUCCCUCCGAUACUGGUGUGGAUGAUUCGGUAAAGGAGGUUGCUGCAUCUUCGGUUUCGAGGCUAGGCAGACACACGGUGGUGCUGAAGAAGGCUGUUGAGAAUCGUGCUGCACGUUCUGCUUCUGACGACUUUGAGAUGGCGGUCAAUGAGCUCAAUGAAGUAGAUCAUGACACUGACAGUGCAAGUGUUACGUGUCCCAUGUGCUUUAUGGUUGAAGUUGGGAAGAGUGAGAGAGCAAAGAUGAUUUCUUGCAAGUGUUGUGGCAAGAAGUAUCAUAGAAACUGCUUGAAGUCUUGGGCUCAACAUAGAGAUUUGUUUAACUGGAGCUCCUGGGCUUGCCCCUCUUGCCGAACCUGUGAGGCCUGUGGAACAUCAGGGGAUCCAAAGAAGUUGAUGUUCUGCAAAAGAUGUGAUGAUGCCUAUCAUUGUGAUUGCCAACAGCCUCGACACAAGACUGUUAGUUCUGGACCCUAUCUGUGUCCUAAACACACCAAAUGUUACAGCUGUGGGUCUAAAGUCCCUGGCAAUGGCCAGAGCUUACGGUGGUUUUUGGGGCAUACUUGUUGUGAUGCUUGUGGAAGGCUGUUUGGCAAGGGAAAUUAUUGUCCUGUAUGUUUGAAGGUUUACAGGGACUCGGAAGCAACACCAAUGGUGUGUUGUGACUAUUGCCAGCGCUGGGUCCAUUGCUUGUGUGAUGGAAUCAGCGAUGAGAAAUAUAUGCAGUUUCAAGUGGAUGGGAAUCUUCAGUACAAAUGUUCUACUUGUCGCGGAGAAAGCUACCAGGUCAAGGAUCUUGAGGAUGCUGUACAGGAAAUUUGGAAACGUAAAGAUAUCGAGGACAAAGAGCUAAUUGCUAGCCUAAGAGCUAGUGCACGAGUCGUAGGGAAACCUGGUGGCGUCCCUGUUAUCAAUCAGCCUGGUUCUUCCGAAAGAAAAGUUGCUGAAAAGGUUAUGGUCAGUGGAGAAGAAGAGAAGCCACUGAGAGUUCUCAGGAUAAAAAGUAGCAGGCCUCAAGAUUCAGAUAGUGAGAAACUGGGAAAACACUCUAAAGAGCAGAGCCCUGUGAAGGCGAAAAAAUUGGUGAUAAGUAUAGGACCUAGAAAAGCAGGAGUUACAAACCCGAUGAGCUGCGAUACAUUAAAGUUUGCCUCCAAAACCAACGGAAAGCAUGGGAAAUUACAAUCAGAAGAAACCGCUUCCCAAGAAGAGCAGGAAAGGAGCAUAUUGAGAAAGAGUAGUGAAGAAAAGAGAGGGUCUCAAAGUGAGGUAGGCACUUCAAAGGGGGAAGGCGGAGGAGAUUCAAAUGGUGGCCAACAAGAAUUGCAGAAAGAUUCAAGAAGAUUGCUGAAACUGAAAAUAAAAACGCAUAAUCCGGAGAGCCAAGAACGUGAAGCCCCUAGAAUUGUGUAUGAAAGAAGCAAGUCUGGGAAAGGACAUAGGUCCAAAAGAAAGAGAGCAUCACCUCCAGCUGAAAAAUCAGCGUUCAAUGAAGAUGAAGAUGUGUCACUGUCUCGUGAUGACAGUUUGUUAGACGAAAUGCUUGAUGCUAGUUGGAUUCUGAAGAAGUUGGGGAAGGAUGCAAAAGGCAAAAAGGUUCAAAUACACGAGGCCGCAGAUAAUACAUGGGAGAAAGGGGUGGUAAGUGAAGUAGGAGGAGGAGGGACGUCGAAGUUGAUGGUGACGCUUGAGAAUGGAAAAGUGAAGACGGUGGAGCUUGGAAAGCAAGGGGUUAGAUUUGUUGCUCAGAAGCAGAAGAGGACGAGAACGUGAGAGGCUUUGAGCAUCGUCCAACAUUUGGAACAAGAUGAGCAAAAGACCUUGCAGGAGGAGUUGGUAGGUGAAGCAGUACUAGCUUCUUUAUCAUCGAUUCCUUUAGAUGUUGUAUGUAUCAUAUAGACAUUGUGAAACAAAUUUAGCUUUUGAAAAAUUCGAAGAAAGGAUUAACAGCUGAAUGAAAUAAAGAGAUUUUGAGAACUUGAAUAUUAGAAUUUAUCAAAACUUGUAGCUACUUACUUUUGGAAAUCUAUCCCGUUGAAACUUUGGUAUGGACUGUAUUAGAGAAGGUGGUGGAGCUAGUGGAACACCAAAGUCAACCAAACACAAAGAUGUAUUUGGACAUUGCCAAGUGUAACAGUAACAGACAUAAUGUAUUCCCAUGGACCAUAAUGAAAUGACAUGAUAUGGUAAUAAAAUAAACAAUUAACUCCCAAUUAUUAAACUGUCGGUCAACUACAAUCUAGGAGUAGCUACUAGAAAUGACAUGAACCAUAGGAUAAUAUUAAGAUUAAAAAGUUAGAAUUGGAGAGGGUGGGAGUUGUAAGACAAGAGGGUACUACUCACUAGUCAUAAAGUCAUCAUCAUAACCAGGUUAAGAUCAGCUUUCCCUGAAGCCAAAAAGAAAAAGAAGCGAGAGAAUGUUACAGCUGUUAUUCACGAUAGCGUUCUCGGCGGCGCCGUUAACGCUGUACAUACCACCCAUCAGAUGCUUGACGGCGUUCGCUCAAACGAUGGAGGAGAUGGAAAUUGAAGGCAGGCUUUAUAGAGGGAGAGUCUUCGCUCGCGCCAGAAUAGCUUGGUCUAGGCUUCUCGAUUGCUUCUUCUCCUCUUCUCCUCGCCGUCCUUAACUCAUAUGUUUUCUUGUCUCUUUCCCUGUACAUAUAUAUCUAUCUCAUCAUGUUUACUCUCAGUUUCGUUGUGUUUUGAUCACGUAUAUGUUUUUGAUUUGGGAUAUUUCAAGAAUCAAGAUGAUGAUAGAGAGACUUAGGGUUUUGUUCUUGUACUUGAUCUUCUUAAUAAACAGAGAUGGAUCAUACUCCUCUUCUUGUUAUAUACCAAUCUCUCUUUAUUUAAA